AUGGAGUUUUCAGGUGGAGGAGGUUGCGGUGGCGGCGGAGGUUGCGGAGGUGGAGGAGGUUGCGGUGGCGGCGGAGGUUGCGGAGGUGGAGGAGGAUGCGACUGCGGAGGUGGAGGCGGUUGUGGCGGUGGAGGAGGUGGUUGCGGAGGUGGCUGCGGAGGUGGAGGCGGAGGAUGUGGCGGAGGAUGCGGAGGAUGUGGCCGCAAAAAGAGGGAAGCCGCCAAUCUCAUAUCUUUUGAAGAUAUCAGCAAGUGCAACAGUGAAGAGCUGCGCCUUCUUCUCCGUGAAAACAUAAAGAAGAAUGUCAGCAGCAGCUUAUCCUCAAUCAGUGAAAAACUCAAGGAUCAUCACGACUACACGCUACUCUGCAGCGACAAGAAGCUACAAUUCAUUGCUGAAGCAGACGAUUACUGUCAGGUAGAAGUCGAUGAUGUCCAUUGCGCUAUUUUCCGAAUUAAUCUCAAAAGAACGCAAACUACUGCUACAUCCGCAUCGACCGAGGGAACAAAAGUGGACUCUACUGCAACUGCGACAGCGGCGGUCAAAGCUGAGAUUCAAGCGGUUACUGCGGCAAAUGAGGAGAAGAAAGAGGAAGGCAAACCUGAGAUCAAGAAGAACUAG